AAAUGUAAACAAUGUUACUAAAGUUUGACAACUCAGUUUUGACGUUUGAGUGCUUUUUAAUUCGAAUACAAAAGAUCUUUUAAACAUAAAACACAUUCUGAUGUUUAACCGCAACUAUUAUAAACUGGCAACACUGUCACGUGAUAACAAACCACAUGCCCACGUCGCCUAUCGUUCUCCCCUUUGUCCCAGUAACGAUUUCUUGUUUACAUCACUGUUUACCUUCGUUCCCGGCUUUUCGCCGGUCUCGUCCAUCGUGGUUCUGUUGUUUAUCUCCUGCCGUGCACGCACAUGCGCGUUUCACUGCGUUUCGCCGGUUUUGACAGCUGCCCAAUGCUGCCAACCGCACCACAAAAAAUACUCAAAGUGGAGUGCCGUGAAUGUUUUCGUGCGUGAACUAGCUGCACGUCGGUGUCUUAAAGUGUCAAAUCUCUGGCCAAUUCCAAACAAAUCGCGUAAAACAAAAAAAAAAAACAUGCCUUCCAAUCGGCUUCACCGGGUGUUUCUGUACAGCUUUGCCAUCUGUCUGUUUGUCACGUUUGUGACCAUCGCCGCCAAAGUGUUCCCGAUUGCCAACCUGCCAACAAGCACGAAUGUCAUCAUCAUCGGCACAUGUCUGGCCAACUUGAUCAGUGUCGUGACCCUGAUCCUUGGAAUCAUUCUGAAACGGCCGGACCUGGUGAAGGCCGUCAAAAUAUUCAGCUGGGUGCAGCUGGGAGCUAUUUUCGUGCUGAUCUGUCUGGCCUUGAUUCUGCUGUACGUGGUGAAGGUGGACGUACAGCACUUUGACGAGAAAGUCACGCAAAAGCCGCCGGUGGUUGUGCAGGAGGAACCAGAACUAGACGAUGAGUUUUAAGCGAAAUGUUAUUGGUGCUGUCGCACUCGGACAGUGCUGCCAGAUUUGUUUAUUAUUUUGCGUACCGUGUAAUCAUCCCCGUUUUGUGGACCAAAGAUUAAAGUGUAAAAGUGAUGUGUGUACUGUAAGACUUGUAGCAAUAAAUUUUUGAUGUUUGUCGUACA